GCCACUGAAUUAGUGUUUCUAAUGUACCAAAAAAAAACCUAGAGAGAGAAGGAGAAAGAGAAAGAAAGAGAUUAUAGUAUAUGACUCACAGAAAGCCAUUUUUGGGGAUUUGGUAACGUCGAUUCAAGGUACUUAACAAGAUAGACAGACCACAACCGCAGCAGACGACACCCGGAAAAAAAGAAAAAAAAGAAAGAAAGAUAACAACUUUGGCUGUGAAAAUACAUAUAAGACCACCUAGUGGGUGUGGGUGAGGGUGAGGGUGUAGCUUCAGAAAUGGCGGUUUUGGUUUUUCGUAACUGAAGCGGUGGAAAGAGACAGACCCAGAUAGCAGAACUGCACAACAAGCCAUUAAAAUAUCACAGUCGUUACAGAGAGCCAAAGGAAAAAGAAAAAAGAGAGAUAAUUGUACGACUUCUGAUAAUUAUGAGGGUGCUAGCAUAACCGUCCUGUCUGUUUAGCUCUUUAUUUCUUGGGACUCUUCGUCUUCUUCUUCUUUUAUUCUUCUCUUCAUCUGGGUCUUCCUUGUUCUCAAAUGGGGUAGCUUAUUAUACGUUAUAGUGCGUAAAGAAGAGGCCAUUUUUCUGCUCGCGCCUUUUGCUUUCCUGGUGUUUUUUUUUUCGUACCCUUUUCCGGGCUCUGGUACGACACAUCGUUUUUCGGGGGGGUUUGGGCUCUGAAUGGCUCAUCUUGAAGAUGGCUCGUCGGUUUCUCGGGUUGAAACAGGUCCGGAAAACAGUAUUCUGUUUAACGAGCUAUGGAACGCCUGUGCCGGACCUCUGGUGGAGGUUCCUCGGCCAGGAGAGAGAGUUUUCUAUUUUCCUCAAGGACACAUGGAACAGUUGGAAGCAUCCACAAAUCAGGAAGUGAAUCAUCAACUCCCGCUUUUUAAUCUUCCCUCCAAGAUCUUUUGUAGCGUGCUUAAUAUUGAAUAUCUGGCAGAACAAGAAACCGAUGAAGUUUAUGCUCGGAUCACUUUGGUGCCAGAAGACGAUCAAACCGAACCAACGAGUCCUGAUCCAUGCUUAGAUGAGCCUGUACGGCCGAAUGUUCAUUCAUUCUGCAAGAUUUUGACGGCCUCUGAUACUAGUACUCAUGGUGGCUUCUCAGUUCUUCGAAAACACGCCACUGAAUGCUUGCCUCCUCUGGACAUGACACAAGCAACCCCAACUCAAGAGUUGGCUGCUAAAGAUCUUCAUGGCUACGAGUGGAAAUUCAAACAUAUAUUUAGAGGCCAACCGAGAAGGCAUUUGCUUACCACAGGAUGGAGUACAUUUGUUACUUCCAAGAGAUUGGUUGCAGGCGAUGCUUUCGUGUUUUUGAGGGGUGAUAACGGAGAACUGCGAGUUGGUGUUAGGCGUCUUGCUUGUCAACAGAGUCUCAUGCCAUCAUCUGUGAUUUCAAGUCACAGUAUGCAUCUUGGUGUGCUUGCUACUGCUUCUCAUGCUUUUAAUACCCGAACUCUCUUUGUCGUCUACUAUAAGCCAAGGACUAGUCAAUUCAUUAUUGGCUUGAACAAAUAUCUUGAUGCUAUGAACAAUAAACUUACUGUUGGGAUGCGCUUUAAGAUGAGGUUCGAGGGUGAAGACUCACCUGAGAGAAGGUUCACGGGCACUAUAGUUGGGGUUGGAGAUGUCUCUUCACAAUGGACAGAUUCAACGUGGCGGUCUUUGAAGAUUCAAUGGGAUGAACAUGCCACCAUUCCAAGGCCAGAGAGGGUUUCUCCCUGGGAGAUAGAGCCUUUUGUAGCUUCUUCUGCCUCUCUAAACCUACCUCAACCAGCAGCAAAGAACAAGAGGCCCCGACCUGUUGACAUUCCUCGAUCUGAAAUUACUACCAAUUCAGCUGCUUCGGCUUUCUGGUAUCAAGGAUCAACACAGUCCCCGGAAUUGACACAAUUAGGUAGUGCUGCUGAAGUCCAAAGCUCUGAUAGUCAGGCUGUGUGGCCUUUGAUGCAUAAAGAUACAAGUAAAGGAAACUAUUAUGGCUCAAUGGUUCGCUUCGAAGGUAUCUGGCCUUCUCCUCAUGUGGAUAUAUCUUUAAAUCUUUUCUCGGACUCUACUGGAGACACCAAAACUGUUUCUGCAAGGUCUGUUCUGUCUAGUUGUGCCUCCACUAUCUCAUCUAGGGUAUCCAACCAGUCCGAAAAAGCAGCAAAGUUUGAUGCUUCUGUAGGUUGUAGGUUGUUUGGGAUUAAUUUGACAUGCAAUUCUCCCAUUCCAUCUCACCUUGAGAAAGAGUCACCUAGUUUGGUUGCGGUGUCCUCUAGCGACAAAGGAUUCGCUCCAGCUGCUGUCUCUGAAGCUGAUAAGGUUCACAAUCAAGUGAUAACAAAUCUCUCAAAGGAUCAGAAAGUAAUAUCCGAGUUGCCCCAGAAGGACACACAAAGCAAACAUAGUUCACUUUCUUCAAGAUCUCGUACUAAGAAGGUGCAAAUGCAAGGCGUUGCCGUUGGUCGCGCCAUCGACUUAACCACAUUGAGUGGUUACGAUGAUCUUAUAGAUGAGCUGGAGAAAAUGUUUGAAAUCAAAGGAGAGCUUCGCCCUCCAAGCAAAUGGGCAGUUGUGUUUACUGAUGACGAAAAUGACAUGAUGCUUGUGGGCGACGAUUUAUGGAUAGACUUCUGUAAGAUGGUGAAAAAGAUCUUCAUAUAUUCAAGUGAGGAAGUGAAGAAGAUGAGUAACCUUAAGCUGCGUGGAUCAUCGAUCGAGGGUGAAGGGACUACUGCAAGCUUGGAUUCUGAUCAUAGAGCUGAGACAUGAUGAUAGAAGCUAUUUUGGUUUUUAUAGUCCUUUAUUUCUCUUAUUGUUUUUGGGGGGUUAGUUUUGCUUUCUUGAAGCUGGGUUCUAAUGUGAAGGUUAGCUUAGCUGUAAGUCCUAUGUUGAAAAGUAGAGCAACUACUUGAAAAUCCGGGGUUCUGUGAAUACUCUUUCGUGAAGUGUGUUUUGCUUACAUAAAUCAGUUUACAUACUUAUAUCAAUAGAUAUCAUGUUUGCAUA